AUAACUUCCUCAUUGUUAGAACAUGGAUAUACGAGGUGAAGUGAGAAUCUUUGCGUAUAUAUACAUUGUAUGUCUCUUCAGAAAUGGCUUUUGCUCGAAUGGAUGUAGUGUUGCAGAAAACUGGUCAGUUUAUAGCCAAAACUGUUACAGAUGUAUUUCUGACACCUCAUCUUGGUAUGCUGCCAGAUCAUCGUGUCAGAAGUUAGAGGCGGAUCUUGUUACUAUCAGCAAUGCAGGAACACAGUCCUUUUUAGAAAAACUUUGCCCCAACACAAAUCGCUGGAUUGGACUAAACGAUAGACAUAUAGAAAACAAUUUUACCUGGAUUGCGGAUCCAACGAUUUUACUGAUAUAUAAGCCCUAUGAUAAUUGGGGAUAUGGUGAGCCCAAUAAUUAUAAAGGUAAUGAAGACUGUGUAUAUAUGACGGCAUCUAAUACUUGGAAUGAUUCACCCUGUUCACAUGAAUUUCGCCAUUACAUGUGUCAAAAACCCCUCGACUUGCUACAAAUUCUUAACUUCGAAAGCAGCAGCUCAGUAGUGCAUGAAGGAGACUCUGUCUGGUUUAAAUCACAAAUAAGAAGUAAAACAAUGUACGAGGUCCAGUGGUUUCAUAAUGGAUACUUGAUUACAAAUUCAUCCAGAAGAUACAAAAUGACGUCAUCAAAAACAGAAAAAAACACAUAUUUACAUAUCCUGCUUAUCGCAAACGUUUUACAGCGAGACAUGGGAGCAUGGGAAAUCAGAAUGUCUUCUCAUUUGACACAAGCAUCAAGAAACUUGACUCUUACAGUUUUUCCUAGAUUAAUUCUUUUUAUGAACCCCAAGUACAACUUUUCAAUACUGAUGGGUGACGAAAUGAAUGUGCAAUGUACAGUCACAAAUCCAGAGUCGUUGUUUGAUGUCACCAAUGGAAGUCUCGUUAUCACAAAGGAUGGGUCUGUGUUACAAGAAAUUAGUAGCUUAAAUCUUUCCACAACAUGGAACAAGUAUUCAGCAGUGGAAGCUGAUUCUGGUAGAUAUACAUGCACACACUCUGGUUAUCAUGUUCCUGUGAGUGUGUCUGUGUAUGUUACUGUCAUUCAACCAGAACAAAAGAGAUGUGAAAGUGAAUGGUCAGAAAGUGUUCAAUGGAAAGCUACACUUGCAGGAACUACUAAACAGGAACCAUGUCCAGCAAAACAGAAAGGUAGUGCAAAAAGAUAUUGUGAACCACUUGGAGUGUGGGCAUCUCCUAGCCUUAUCAACUGCACAUCUGAAGCCUUUACAAACGUAUCCUUGCUAUUGGACGUGCCAAUAGAAGAUGGAAUACAAGAUACUAAGAUGGUUCAAGAUAAGGUCAAUAACGCUAUACAAACGAUGAAGAACAUUAUAUCAACCAAUGAACUCAGUGCUGGGGAUCUAAGCUCCUCUCUGGACAUCUUGGAAAAAAUUGUCGCUCUCACUAACUCGACUGGGUCAAUAAUCGAGAAAGAGAACGUGUUUUAUGGUGUUAUUGACAACGUUUUAUCAGCUAACAACUCCAAAUCGUGGAAAACGGUCAGUGAAAAGACAGUGAAAGACGGAAGCUCAAUCCUAAAGAAUGUAGAUCGGCUCAGUGAGAUUGUACUUCAACGCGACAAUAUUACGGCAACGCACUUCAGGGGUUCUAAUUAUGAGCUCACAAUUGACAAAACAAAAAUAGAUGAAACUGGAAUACGUUUCCCGGAUGUUCCCACAAACAACAUUUCAGGAAGUUCCGAACAAAUAUCGACUUUCCUCGAAUUACCAAAGCAAGAAACGAAAGUAAAAAAGGAAAUCUACUAUGUAGCCAUAGUUUACAAAUCAAUUUCUGAUAUAUUGCCAUCUGACUUGGAUAAGGAUCAAAGUAAACGAAGUUUUGAUCACACGUCUAAGGAAAAGGAAUAUGUUAAUUCUCCAGUUGUGUCCCUUACAACACAAAAUGAUUUUGGAUUAUUGGUUCCACCUCUAAAUAUAUCGUUUGGACACAUAAAAAAUGAAUCAAGUAAAAUGUAUGCGGUGUGUGUUUCUUGGAAUUUUACCGUAAGUAAAUGGACAGAAAGAGGAUGUAACGUGAGCCAAAGUGAUCAUAAAAGAACCGUUUGUCAGUGCAACCAUCUUACCAACUUUGCCAUUUUGAUGAGACCAUAUUCUCCUGCGACAGAAGACAAACAAUUGUUAAAAACAAUGUCCCUGGUUGGGGUGAUUCUCUCCAUAUCAUUUACAGUUCUUACGUGUGUUAUUUACAUCUUGACGUGGAGAUAUAUCAAAAGUGACCAAAACAUCAUCAUGAUGAAUCUCUGUGGAUCGUUGAUUCUGUCUUAUGUGAUUUUCUCAUCCGCUGUAGAGCAAACAGGCCAUGAUGGUAUAUGCAUUGCAAUUACGGCCAUUAUUCACUAUCUUUUCCUGGUCACCUUCUUCAGUAUGCUAGGAAUGGGUGUCUAUUACUUCAUAAGUAUUACAGUCACGUACUACGCCAUGUACGUGGCAAACAACUUCAAGGCUAGGUCCAGAGUCCACUGGUUUCUGUUAGCCAUAUGGGGUAUCCCUAUCAUCCUUACGACUGCAACUCUUGGAGCGUUUUGGGGAAAAGGUUAUCACCUUGAAUCUUUUUGCUGGUUGUCCCCGGAUAGCGGUUCCCUCUACAUGUUUAUUGUUCCAGUCUGUUUAAUUAGCGUUUUAAACGUAGUGAUUAUCGUUACACUGGUAAGGGUAUUAUGUGUUUCAAAAGCAAUGGCAAAGUCCUCACUUCAGAAGAAGGCAUCAUCCGCUUUGCGAUCCCUUGGAACACUUUUACCAGUCCUAGGUGUAACCUGGCUAUUCGGUAUUCUGGCUGUUAACGAAAAAGCAGAUGUGUUUCAAUAUAUAUUUGUCUUUGCAAAUUCACUUCAGGGAUUUUUCAUAUUCAUUUCGCACGUGCUGUUGAACCAAAAGGUGAUGCAAGGUUUAAGAAACAAAUAUCCAGCCUUAAGUACACUUGCUAGUAAAGAUGAACACAGCAAAAUUGAAACCACUUCUGUAUCAAGAAGUCAAUCAACAUGUAAACCGGACGCUUCGUUGGUGGAAACCAAGAAACAGAGUAUCUUUGAUAAGACUCAUAACAAAAAAGUCAAGAAAUCUGAGUCGUUCAUAGCAGAGACAACACUUGCUACUGAUUGUCCUUUAAGUACUGGUCACGACAAAAACUCUGUGCUGCCCGAUAUUUACAAGUAACAUGAUAACCUUCUAAAAGAAGAAGAGGAAAAUAAGAGAUUUUGUUUUCAUUCAAUUUAUGGUGGUGGGAGAGAAGGUAUAAAGUGACAAAAAUGUAGAAACAAGCUGUUAUAAACAAAUCUCAUUUGAAUUUUUUAAAAAGCUUA